CCUUCUUUGUCUGAUCCUUCUUCUCUCUCCUUUGGUUGUGUCCUCAACCUUUCUUAGCUUCCUUCUCAAAACUCUCCUGCUUUCACCCACUCAAGAUCCUCUGUUAACACCAUUCGGUGAAGAACACCCAGAAAAUUACAGGGGCAAUGAAGCUUGUUGCUGCUGCAAAUGUCAGAAGAGCACACGAAGCUGUUGUUAAUGGCAGACCUUUCUCAGAGGCACUUGUUGAAGUCCUUUACAACAUCAAUGAGCAGCUCCAAAAUGAAGACAUAGAUAUCCCCCUCACGAAAGUUAGGCCUGUGAAGAAGGUUGCCCUGGUUGUAUGCACAGGAGAUCGAAGUCUUUGUGGGGGUUUCAACAAUGCAAUCCUAAAGAAAGCUAAGGCCAGAAAUGUUGUAUUGAAGGAUCUUGGUCUUAGUUGUACUGUGAUUAGUGUUGGUAAUAACUAAAAAGGGUAAUUCUUAUUUCAUUCAUACCAG